CGUUUAAACCACAUUUCGUUUUGAACUAGCACACUGUUCAGAUCGAGAGAGUUUCUUUCAAACGAGUAGUGAAUUCGAGUGAUUACUAUUAUUUUAUUUUAUUUACUUGGAUUGUUAUUUUCAAAUAAAAAUGGCAACGACAUCUUACGAAAUUUUAUCCGCCGAAGAACCACAACCAAUCUCAAGAACCUAUCAAUACAGAAAAGUAAUGAAACCGAUGUUGGAACGUAAACGACGUGCAAGAAUCAAUCGUUGUUUGGACGAAUUAAAAGAAUUAAUGGUGACGGCGCUCCAAAGUGAAGGCGAAAACGUUUCUAAAUUGGAAAAAGCCGAUAUCCUCGAGCUAACGGUUCGUCAUUUACACAAAUUGAGAAGACAACAACGUUUAUCUGCGAAUCCUGUGAUUGAAGCAGACAGAUUUCGCGCCGGUUACACUCAUUGUGCAAAUGAAGUGUCGAGAUGUUUGGCCUCCAUACCAGGAGUUGAUGUUGGUUUGGGUACCAAACUGAUGACCCAUCUUGGGUUAAGACUCAACGAAAUGGAUAAAGUGUCACCUUUAACUGUUCAUGUUUCAACAACGACACCUUACACACCACCCGGAACGCCAACCCCAGAAAGUGUUUAUCAAAUGCCUUUAACACCGGCUUCUUCAACCACCUCUUCAGUACAAGCACCCGGUUCGCCUAUAGAUUGUUCAACAACGGGACUUUUAAAGGUAGCCCAAAAUAACGAACAAGUUUGGAGACCAUGGUGAAAAAGUGCAAAAACUUUCAAAAAAAUCUUCUUUUUUUGCUCAAAUUAGUUUUAAGUUCUUUUAAUAAUUAAUUUUCGGAUUCGUCCUGAUCUCUUCCAGCGUUUAAAGCUUUAAUUAAUCUUAGUAUCGAAAUGUUUUUAUUUUUGUCGAAGAAUGUCAAUUUAAAGAACAUUUUAUUUGUUAACUUUUUCUGCGUUUUGUGAUACCGAUUUAGUCGGUUUAUUUUUUAAUUAAUUAAUGUUUAUUAAAAUAGUUUUUUUUGUAAGCCCCGAACGUUGUACCUGUGAUGAUAAAUCGUUUUUUUUGUAUAGAGAAAAUGGGGUGAACAAUAUUUUGUAAAACGGUGCCUUAAAAACCCGUUAAGAGUUUCUCCUAAGUUGUAAAUAGAGCGGUACUGUGAUAGCGAGUCUAUAUAUAUUUUUUUGAUAAAUGAUUCAAAAUAAAUCAAUUGUUACUUAAAACUAAAAAAAA